AUGCCUAACGUCCAAAAUGCAGACUUGUUUGAUGUUCUUCAUGAAAUACAUCUGAGUGUUGGGCACGGCGGAAGAAACAGAAUGGUUGCAGAAGCUAAAAAGAACGAGCUAAACAGACGUUGCCAAGUAGAUUUGAUAGACAUGCAGACAAACUCAGAUGGUGACUACAUGAUGAUACUAGUUUAUCAGGACCACCUCACGAAAUUCGUACAACUUCAUCCGUUACAAAGUAAGACUGCGGAAGAAGUAUCAAAGACAUUACUUGUUAUAUUUUGUAUCUUUGGAUCACCCUCAAUACUUCAAUCCGACAAUGGCAGAGAGUUCGCGAAUCGAGUUGUGAAAAAUUUGACGCAGGUGUGGCCAGGUUUGAAGAUUGUGUAUGGGAAACCACGACACAGCCAGGUACAAGGUAGUGUUGAAUGUGCCAAUCAAGACAUCGAAAAAAUGCUUAUGAGUUGGAUGGCUGACGUGAACUGCCAAAAAUAG